UGCAGGUCAAUCCCUGUUCAGCCCGUAUUGACCCGGGAUUCCCUUCGGCAGUAUCUGCAGGUCCGGCCAGACCAGACCGUGCUCAUCCUGCAUGCCAAGGUGGCUCAGAAAUCAUAUGGCAGCGAAAAAAGGUUCUUCUGUCCGCCUCCAUGCGUUUAUCUCAGCGGGCCGGGAUGGAAGCUGAAGCAAGAGGAGCUCAAAGCCAGUGGCUUGGGUGACUCUGCUUGCAAGCUGUGUGGCUACAUGGGUCUGGACACAGCAGGCAGCAGCCAGAUGGAAACAUUGAAAAUGAACUUUGAAGAGCAACCGGACUCAAAGAGAUUUGGUUGUGCAAAGACCCUGUAUAUCUCCGACACGGACAAAAGGAAACAUUUCCGUCUGGUUUUAAAGCUCUUCUUCAGCAACGGCCAAGAAAUCGGGUCCUUUUACAGCAAAUUGAUUAAAGUGAUUUCCAAACCUUCCCAGAAAAAGCAAUCCAUGAAGAAUGCAGACUUGUGCAUUUCUUCAGGAUCAAAGGUUUCCCUCUUCAAUCGGCUGCGUUCCCAGACCGUCAGCACCAGGUAUCUGUCAGUGGAAGGAGAGGCCUUUGUAGCGAGUGCCAGACAGUGGGCAGCAUUCACCAUGUACCUUGUGGAUGACCAGGGCUCUGCCCGGGGAGAUUACCCGAUCCGGGAUGGGUAUAUUUGCUAUGGAUGUGCAGUGAGACUGGUAUGCACCAGCACUGGUGUGGCUCUGCCCACUAUGGUAAUCCGCAAGGUGAAUAAACAGUACGCCAGUCUGGACGUGGAUGAGCCCGUGUCCCAGCUCCAUAAGUGUGCGUUCCAGUUCAAGGACAGCAACAGGAUGUACUUGUGUCUGUCCAAUGAGAAGAUCAUACAGUUUCAGGCAUCUCCUUGCCCAAAGGAGCCCAGUAAAGAGUUGCUCAGUGAUGGCUCCUGUUGGACUAUCAUUGGAACAGAGACAGUGGAGUACACCUUCAGUGAGAGCCUGACGUGCAGCCAGAGAGCUGUGACCCCCUUCCCUGUCAUUGGGAGCCUUGAGCUCAACGGCGGUGGAGACGUGGCCAUGCUGGAGGUGCACGGUGAAAACUUCAGCCCAAUUCUAAAGAUCUGGUUUGGAGAUGUAGAAGCAGAGACCAUGUACAGGAGUCCCAAGUCCCUGAUAUGCGUGGUGCCCGAUAUCUCUGUGUUCAGCAGGGAGUGGAGGUGGCUGAGACAUUCCGUUACUGUCCCUGUGUCUCUGAUCCGAAGUGAUGGGCUCAUCUACUCCAGCGCCUUCUCCUUCACCUACACACCCGAGCAGAGCGUCCUCCCUCGGCAGAGAGUGACCCCGGAGCUGCCCCCGGACUCGGACACCCUGCUGGACAGCAUUCACCAGGAGUUCACACGGACCAACUUCCACCUGUUCAUGCAGAGCUAGCACCGACAGGAGUGAAUGCAAAUACGAAAAAAGCAAAAAAUAGAGGCUGAAAUGAUCACGCAGUCGUCUGUGCAACUGUACCUGAUUGAAAUGAAAUGAUCACGCUAUCGUCUGUGCAGCUGUACCUGAUUGAAAUGAAAUGAUCACGCAGUCGUCUGUGCAGCUGUACCUGAUUGAAAUGAAAUGAUCACGCUAUCGUCUGUGCAGCUGUACCUGAUUGAAAUGAAAUGAUCACGCAGUCGUCUGUGCAGCUGUACCUGAUUGAAAUGAAAUGAUCACGCUAUCGUCUGUGCAGCUGUACCUGAUUGAAAUUAAAUGAUCAGGCUAUCGUCUGUGCAGCUGUACCUGAUUGAAAUGAAAUGAUCACGCAGUCGUCUGUGCAGCUGUACCUGAUUGAAAUGAAAUGAUCACGCUAUCGUCUGUGCAGCUGUACCUGAUUGAAAUGAAAUGAUCACGCAGUCGUCUGUGCAGCUGUACCUGAUUGAAAUUAAAUGAUCACGCAGUCGUCUGUGCAGCUGUACUUGAUUGAAAUGAAAUGAUCACGCUAUCGUCUGUGCAGCUGUACCUGAUUGAAAUGAAAUGAUCACGCAGUCGUCUGUGCAGCUGUACCUGAUUGAAAUUAAAUGAUCACGCAGUCGUCUGUGCAGCUGUAUCAGCCUGAAAAACAUCCAAAUAAAAGUUGUUCCAUCACACCCAGCAGUAGAAACAGAUGAGAUCAUAUUUGUAUUCAUUCUUUCACUCGCAGGCUGUAAAUGGGAACUCCUAAAACAGAAUUAGGAUCUGCAGGGCUGAGGUUCAGAGGUCGAUUAUCUGAAGUAAUGGAGGUGUGUCUAAUGAUUGAGAAUACCAAGUCCAGCGAGCUCAGAAACAGAAGCACCGCGACGUAGACCUUUUAUUAUGAUUUUUUUUUGAGUUGCCAGCUUAUCUCCCUUGUAUUUACAGUAUCCGCAGAGCAGGUUUUACCUAGGGUCACCAGAUCUUCAAAGCUCAAAGCCGCAACACAUUGUGAACUCAUUGUCUAAUUAAACCUGUUAAAUAUAGGCUGUUUAAUGGCUUUUUAAAAAGCCAUCCUCACACCCUCAGUAUUAUCUUUUUUUUUUCAAGCAGCUAGCUAAUUUCAUUACACUCCCAAGGUGUAUAAUUUGUGGCUAAUUAGUUCAA